AUGGGCCUCUUCACUACCACCGUCAGCUACUUCGUCUUUAGCGGGCUGCACCUUGUGUGCUUCGCCCUCGCCCUCGCCGUCUGCGGUCUGUACGGCCGCGACAUUCACCACGCGAACCAGCUGGACAAAUAUGCCGACUCCAAAUGGGUCUACGCCGUCGUCGUCGGCGCCUUAUCUGCCGUGACGUGCGUGGUAUACUUUGUGCCCCUGGUCCUUCGCCACGCCGGCAUUAUUGCAGCCGCGUGGAACUUUGUGCUCUUUAUCCUGUGGAUUGCCGUCUUUGGCGUCUUCGGCUCGAUGUUCAUCAAGGAGGAUCCCGAGGGCGACGGCGACGUCAAGCGCAUGAAGAGCGCCGUCUGGGUUGACCUCGUCAACGCCCUGCUCUGGCUGAUUUCGGCCCUGGCCGCCGCUGGCUACUGGUGGAAGAAUCGCGACACACGAUCGCAGUUCACCGGACGCGCGCACGUGUAA